UUCUGAGGAAAAAAGAAACAUAUACUGAGCCACUGAGCCACUGCUCCGUUCUCGUAGUAAGCCUUCAUAUAUAUACACCACCGUAUCUCCCUUCCCAGCAAACGCAGUCGAUCUACAGGUGCCAGUGUUACUAACUCAGAGGACCAUGUUGAGCGGUGCACCUAGCAAGCCACAGAUGCGUAUAGGUGCAAAUCGAGCAACACGGGAAGCCAAAGGCGCCCAACCUGAUGAGUUUACUCCGUUGAAUGACGAGGAUGUGACUAGUAAUAAUGAAGACGAAGCAACAACAGAGAUUGCCGAUUAUAUCCAACUGCGCGAAAAAUUCCAUGGCUUAAUAGUAAACAUCCUAAAGGGGAUUGAUAUUUUCAUUGCCUCCGGUGAUGGUAGAGCUCCAAUGGAAGCAUCUGUCAUGUCGUGCAACGUUAACGUUACCAUUGCGUUUGGGGAUCUUGGCAGUAAAUUCAGGUUUACUUGUGAAGACAAAAACCCUGCGAUCCCUUCUUCAGCGGAACAGGUACCUCCCUCCCACGGUCCUUCUUCAGCGGAACAGGGCAUGAACGACUGUGGCACCCAAAAUUUCCACGUAAAGUACUUGGGCAACAUCAACGGAGCAUCAGCUGAUGGUAUGGAGGACGAAAACGAAUCGCUGGACCCAAAGGACUAAAAGGAAUCGCCGAAGUAAAAGGGAAAAACUAAGAAUAUGGAUUUGAUAAUAACGGAGAAAGGUUGCUCUGUUCACAUUCGUCCCUAUAGGACAUCAUGUUGGCCAAUAUAUUUGUACUUUAUCAUUCUAUCGUGUGGAUUCAUGUUUGACUAUUAUUACUGUUAUGAUAUGUAAUUGUGAUGAAUAAAUGAUGCUUGUAAACUUGAUAUAAUA